UCAGUUUAAAAAUUGAAUAAUUGUCAAACGCAUUAAACUAACCUUACUCUUUUCACAUUAAUGUUUUUAUUGUUUUACAAAUAAAUCUCGACUUUUGGAAUUAUAUCAUGGACACAACACCAAAAGCAAAACUCCGUUUAUCUACCAAAGCAAAAAAAGAUGUUAAAAAUGGGGGCAACAAUUCAGCGGCCCUCCAGUCGCCUGUGAGAAAAACAGUCCAACGUGAGGGCGACAGUGACUAUAGCCCCAUUUUUUUCCCUUCAACUCAGGAAUCUAACGACGAUAUUGACGUAUUGUGGGACUGGCAUUCUCCCCAAACCAGCCAGAAAAAAAGAAAAAAACAGAAGCGUUUACUACCGUCCCAGUCACCAAAAAUCCCCCUACGACGGUUCCCGUCUAAUAAUCAAAGUCAGAAUUUUGAAAAAUUGAAAAAUGAGUUGAAGGCGCUUCAAGAGGAACUGGCAAUGCCUGAUGAAAGUUGGCUCUCUGUUUCGCCACAAGAGGAAUGUGACUUCAAAAGCAGUCUCAACAGUAAAAUAGUCGUAGAACCAGAGUCGUUGUUUGAUGAUGACGAUUUAUUCAACGAUUCUUUUGAUGAACAGCUUGUUUUGUUUACCCAGCAAAUAGAAGGUGAACUAUUGAACAAGGAAAAAGUGGAACCAAGUGAUAAAAAAUCAGAACAAUCCACCGAAACUGAUAACGUAGUUAAUAAACACACAGCGAAACAAGAGAACGUAAAUUUAUCACAACCCACGAAAAUAUGCGAUAGUGAAGUUGAUAACAUAAUUAAUAAAUACGUAACCAAAAAAGACAACGAAUUAAAUUUAUCAGAUAGUUUCUUUGAGGAUGUUGUAAGUGAUCUCGCAUUUGACGAUUUACAGCAAAAUAGUUCACCUAAUCAAUCAAAAGUUCCUUUUCAAAGAACGCGCUCGGAAAACUGUUUCAACAAAACCACACAGAACGUAAUCCAAACAGCGUCGGGCAAACUCGAAUUUAAUAGGACUCGAAGUUUUGAAAUGACGAGAGAAACCAAAUGUACCGAAGAAGAAAUAGAAAGGAAGCGACUUGAAGCUUUAGCGAAACGUAAUUCUAAAAAGAGACAAGAAAGUUCAGCGCCAAUCAAAUGCUCUCCUGAAGAAAUUGAGCGGAAGAGACUAGAAGCCAUGGCCAAGUUGCAAGCAAAGAAAAUGCAAGAUGUGAUCGAGAAGAAGCGACAAGAAGCCUUAAAGAAGCUGCAGAUGAGAAAACAGAACGCGUGCCAUGUUAAAAGCACAUUAGCUACAAGGCUUUAAAUAAGUUUAAGUUGAUUAAUAGAAUUUAUUAAGAAUUGUAUAAAAUAAAUAUUUUGCUACAAGUCUUUCA